AAACAUGAAUACGCUUCACCAAAGAGAUGGUUAUCUCAUGCGUCAUUCGCUGCCUCACAUCAUGUUCAUCUCUGUGAAAGAGACUACGCUUCUCCCUGUUCGGAUAUUAAGAUGUGGGUGUUCUCCACCAUCUCUCUGAUAAAACCACGAACGAAAGG